GGGAGCAACGGCGUCGAAGCGUGAUGGAGCAGCUGUCAAACGUCGCCUAAUUGCUGUCAUCGUUUGGUUUGACGGUCGGUGAAUAGGGAAAGGAGAGCCACCCACCAAAUGAGGAAGGGCCGGAGGCUGAGUCUGAGAGGCUCGGCGACCGUUAGCGUUUCCCGAAGAGCGGCAGAACCUGAAUCUAAGAAAAAGAAGAAAUUGGUAGCUAUCCAUCAGGCUCUGAAUGUUGACCCAGUGGAUGUGGAAACUCUCCGGCAAUCCGCCAUUAGCGAGGGUGGGCUCCUGACCGAUGAGAUCCGCAGGAAGGUCUGGCCAAAGCUGCUGAAUGUAAAUGUUUAUAACCUACCUCCAAAACCAGGCAAAGACAUAAGGGAAGGCCACAAAGACUACAACCAGGUGCUUAUGGAUGUACAACGGUCAUUACGCAGGUUUCCACAAGGCAUGAGUCCAGAGGAACGUGGGGUUCUGCAGGAGCAACUGAUCAACGUCAUCCUAUACGUCUUACAGAGGAACGUACAGCUUCACUAUUAUCAGGGCUAUCAUGACAUUGUCGUGACGUUCCUCCUGGUUGUUGGUGAAAGGAUGGCCAUUGCACUCAUGGACAUACUGUCUUCCCAUCAUCUCAGGGAUUUUAUGGAUCCCACAAUGGACAGCACGAAACACAUUCUAAACUACCUAAUGCCGAUUCUGCAGCGGGUGAACCCACAGCUCCAUGACUUUAUACAGAGGGCUGAAGUUGGCACCAUCUUUGCCUUGAGCUGGCUGAUCACCUGGUAUGGUCAUGUCCUCUCCAAGUUUCGCCAUACUGUCAGGCUGUACGACUUCUUUCUGGCGAGUCACCCAUUGAUGCCAGUCUACGUUGCCGCAGCGAUUGUACUGCACAGGGAGGAAGAAGUACUAAAAUGUGACUGUGACAUGGCCAGCGUCCAUCAAUUACUGUCCAAGAUACCGCAGGACCUUCCUUACGAGGCACUGAUCAUCAAAGCGGAGGAACUGUUUUCCCACCACCCGCCCCCUGAGCUUGCAAAACAAGCAGCACUUCAACUACGUAAAAGCAUUGCCAUCAGCACCUUCCAGGACUUCCAGGUGGCUACAUCUCGGCAGCGUCCUGAUGCUGUGCUCCGUGAACAGUUCAGGGAGAAGCCUCGCCUGCCCCCAGCUGAUGCUGAAGGAGCAGUUCUUCCAGUGGGGGCCAACCAACUGGUGAAGGUGGCAGUGUGGGGACUGACGGCAACCCUGGGAGCAGCUGCUUUGGCUGUGGUCAACACGGCAGUGGAGUGGGCUCCGGAGUUUGUUUUUCAACUGUUUCCAUAACGAGUGACUGAGGCAGCGGGAAUGUGUGGCCUGCAAUCUGCUGCAGUAAGAAACACCUCUUAGUUGAAACACAGUGAUUGGAACAAGGAACCAGUAGUAUGCUGUGCCAAAAAUUUGUACUGGGACCAAUGUGGUCUUUACAUUGACUAUUUCCAACAUCCUUCAAAAUAGGAGGACACUGGAGAACAAGCUAUAAACCCUGCCAAUGCCCUGUCUGGGAACCACCCCUCUAGUUCAUAGAAUCCCAACAGUGGGCAAACAGGUCACUCAGCCCACCAACUCUCCAAAGAGCAUCCCAAUCAGAUUCACCUAGCUACUCUGUCCCUGUAACCGUGUUAUUCCCAUGGCUAAUGCACCUAAUCUGCACAUCCCUGGACACAGUGAGCAAUUUAGCAUGGCCAGUCUGCCUAACUUGCACAUCUUUGGAUGUAGGAGGAAGCUGUAGCACCUGGAGGAAACUCAUGCAGACACUGGGAGAAUGUGCAACGUCCACACAGACAGUUGCCCGAGGCUGGAAUUGAACCUGGGUCCCUGGCACUGAGGUAGCAGUGCUAACCAUUGAACCACCGUGUCGCCCUAGUCUUGCCAAUUGUACAGCCACGGACUACUUAAAUUAGCAAACAGUAAGCGCUGAAUGAUUGCACCUCUAUUUUCUCGCGUUGAUGCGGAUACUCAGGUGGGAAGUAAGACAUGGUGAAUUUGCACUUGGUUAGAUGGAAAUCUGGUGUCACUCAAGUGAGCCCUGGGCAGUAGACAAAAAAAAAGACUGCAGAUGCUCGAAUCCAAGAUAGUUAAACGGGAGGCUGGAAGAACACAGCAAGCCUGGCAGUCCUGAAGAAGGGUAAUACCUGAAACGUUGACUGCUCUUUUUCUCCAGAUGCUGCCUUGCUUGGUGUGUUUUUUCAGCCUCCUAUUUGAGCCCUAGGCUGUUUAUUGUAGAUUGAGGAGGGAACCUUCAAAUGAAGUGUGUCUCCAGAGUGCCUUACAAUUGAACAGGGGCAUCGAAAUAAUCCCACACUCACAUUUUAAACAAAAAAAGUGCCCUGAUAGAUGAAGAGGAAAGAGUAGUUUAUUUCAAGUUUGUUAUUGUUCUGAGAUGAGACUGAGUAGUGUGUUCUCACUAUUUGGAUGAGAAGCUAAACUGAGAUGGACAUAAAAGAUCUGUGGAACAUUUAUGAAGAAAAGUAGAUGAAUUCCCCCUGGUGCGCUGGAUAAUAUUUAUCCCUCAAGCAGUGUCACUCGACUAGAUUAUCUGGUCACUGCUUAUUGUCGGAUGUUGUGUGCAAAUUGGUUUCUGCGGUUGCCCACGUUAGAACAGUGACACUGGCAAAUAUCAAAUAUCCUUCACUGUUAAUAAAGCACUGAUUGUUCCGAGCCAGGAAUUUCUAAAGUGAAUUCUCUGAAGGAUAUGACCAUUGCUGGUGUUGGUGGGCGGUGAUUGCUAAGGCACCACCAAAGAAACGUUCAUGAGUUGCUGCACAUGUAGAGGUAAUUACUGUCGCCCUGUUCAUCUGAUGUUAAAGUGAGUGGAUGCUUAAGGUAAAAGUGGAGUGUUGAUCAAGCAGACUGCUUUGACCUAGGUGCUGCAGAGUUUCUAAAGUUUUGCUGUAUCUGCCGCAUAAUGGGAAAGCCAUGGGAUGACCACCACCUGCAGGUUCCCUUCCAAGUUAUUCACCAUCCUGACUUAGAAAUAUAUCACUGCUUUUUCAGUAUCACUGGGUCAAAGGCUGUAAGAUAUAGGAGAAGACCAUUUGUCCUGUUGAGUCUGCUCUGCCAUUCAGUGAGAUUUGAUAAUGCCUCCACUGUACUUUCCUGCUUUUAUGUUGAAGGUGGCAAAUGGGGUGUCAAUUGAGUGGUGGCCUGAAUGGUGGUUACUGUCAUUGGAGCUGCAUAUGUUCACACAAGUGAAGAAAAUUCCAGAACACUGGUGACUUGUGCCUUUAUAGAUGGUAAACAGACUUUAAAGAGUAGGGAGGUUGUUGCUCACUGCAGAAUUCCCAGCCUCUAAACUGAUCGGUAUUGAAAAUUUCAAUUGUCGCUACAGGACCAGACCUUUUGGAUGGUGGAAGAUCAGAAUUUACACUUUGUUUUUCAGAAAGUGCUUUCUGAUUUUUCCCUUCAAAAUGUCCGUUUCAGUUUGAAUAUGAGGUUCUCUUGGUCAGGCUUCCAUUUAUCAGAUGAUCUAGGUACUGUUACAUCAUUAAAAUUGCUGUAGUAGUCCUAAGGGAGCUAGAUAUAACACCUAGUCUGACAUAUUCCUGCACUGGUCAUUGAUAUUGAAGCACUGAUUCUUGCUCAGUUUGGUCAGGUGCCAUAGGUGAGUUAGGAUUUCAUCUGCUCUGAAUGGUGAAAUGAGUGACUGACUGGCCUCCUCUGUGUUCAGGACAUAGAUUAUGGAGAACAUCUUGAUAAUCAUGUUGAAGUGACCUGCUAGCAAUGGAAGACAUGCUGUAUGAACAGUGUAAUUGGUGUCUGUGGCUUUGUUAAUUGGAGGAACUUCCCUGGGUUAGUAGGAGAGUUGCUCUAUCAGGAGUCUAGAGGAGAUGGGAUUAGAUUGAAUAUGGUAAGAAAAACAUCAUCCAACAUGAUCCUUUGUGAAUCACUGAAUUCUGUUGAAGUUUAAUUGUCUGUCACUAAUGUCUAAUGGAAGUUCUUAUUCCUAGAAUGAUGCUGACAGCUGAUGCUCAGUAUGUUGCUGCCCCUGCUGAUGGACGCAGUGAAGCUCCCUGACAGCAUACAGCUAAUUUACAGCUAUCUGCGAAGACUCAGGUUUUAGCUAACAAUUUCAGUCUGUCUUUCCUACUAUUUAGGAAUCAGUGUUUAGGAGCACGUUACAAGUGAUUUGAUAAGAGGGAGGGCAGGUGACUUUGGGUCUGUCAUUCCUCAAUGUCCCCACGUGGCUGGGGAGUGAGGGCAGGGGUCUUCACCUUGGACCUGGAUUUAUGAGCUAAGUGAUGAAGACUGAUUGCUAUGAUUAGCCAACAACUCCAUGAUCAUAAUAUUAUGGGAAUACCAGGACCAUAGAGGUGCAAUAAAUGAAUCAUGGUCUUGGAGUUCCUUUGUUUCUGCUACCUUGUACAUCCUUCAGUACACCUUAUUGUUUCUUUGAACUUUUUACAUUAUCCUUAUCGAAGACUUUCCAUAUUUUCAAUCAAGUCGACCUUGUUGAGCUACUUAUGUUUGCAGGCUUUCCAAUAUUUAACUGAAGUGGAUCUUCUUGGCCAAGUGAGCAAAUUAACUUGAUUAGUUUUUGAAAACUCACUGUUUUCCUAACGUUAGUUAGAUCCCUAGUCAUCUCUUAUGUUCAGUAGCUUCUUGUGUCUUUCCCAAUAUCCAUCAGUUUCUGUACUGUUAGAGGGUGGGUUAACAGCAGAAGAAAGUUUCCUCAUUUCAAAUAUGGCUUUAUUUCCAUUUUAUAAAAGUACUGCACACCUCACUACGUUGCUCCAGUGUGUUUUAUUUCUCACAUCAGCAAUUUCAUGGUCCUCUUGAUGCUGCUGAGGUCCUGAAAUAUUGGCAGAACAGUUGUGAGGGUCAUAUCAUUGGAAAGGUGAAUACACAAUAGACCUUUAUUGCAGUAGAGAAAACGGUUGUCUAUCAUUCAAGCCUUUAACUCAUUCCCUGAUAUUGCUAUCACAUUACCUCUUAAUUUAAAUGACAUACUCUGACUCCUGUUGCGUACAAUGUAUCCUGUGUGAAAACUGGAGCCCACAGCAAAGAACAAAAACAGAAGUUGCUGGAAAAGCUCAGCAGGUCUGGCAGCAUCUAUGAAGAAAAAGUCAGAGUUAACAUUUUGGGUGUGGUGACCCUUCCUCAGAACUUGCAGCAGAGUUCCACUGCAGAAAUGCUAUGUGCCAGUCAGUAUGUACCUGUAAUGGAAGGAUAUUGGGAUUUUAACUAAUAUCUAUGCACUAGUUAAUUGAGUCUGUUCUGUUCUUGCAGCUGCCCUGUGCUGCAGGAUUUGGUGAAAGCAUGAAGUGUACACCUAUUUAUAUGUAAGGAGUGAGGAUGACCUCACGCAUUGUGUAGGCGAUCAUAAAUCACUGCAACGUAACUAUCACGAGGGUUCACACUCAUCCCAUUCCCAUAUUCUAUUUAUACCCUGGGCAAAUCCUCCUGAUCAGUACUACCUAGACUCUCUUUGUUUUGUUCACAUUUUAAACCCUGAAGAUAAUUUCUAUUACAGGGAGGCUGUGCUGUGACAUCAGUUACUAUACAUUUUACAAUGUGUGGAUUCAUGCAUUCGUUUGCACUAUUUAAGUACUGUACACUGUGCCCUAAUUCUUCUUAGGAAUUGCUAGCAGCAAUUAAAAUGGCAACUGCCAUGUUUUCAGUAAGUACUGGCCAUUCAGCUAGAAUUGUGGAGAACAAGUCUAAAGACCAUCUACCCCCAAGACUAGAUACAGAUUUGGUGCUGACACCAUGCCAUAAAUAUUGAUCUGGAUCUUGUGGCAAAUAUGCUAAUAACAUGCAUCAUUAUGAAUGAAGGGAAUUAGACUUAUUUUUAAAAAAGGAUAUAGUAUUAACUACCAGUUUUGAAAACAUUUUAGUUAAUUUGUGCCACACUGCUGUUUAUCUAGCCUUUAGCCUCUUUCUUGUGCAAACAUAUACAAAAAAAAAUGAGCAGAAGUAGGUUAUUCAGCCCCUGGUCAUACUCCACUAUUCAGUCAGAUUGUAGCUGAGCUGUUUGUGUUUCAAGUUCCACAUUUCACUCUUUCCCCAAUAACCUUUGAAUCUGUUUUCUAAUGGCUGUAUUUACCUAUGUCUUAAAAAAUACUCAGUGGCCCCACCUCCAUCACCUGAGGCAGCAUGUUCCAAAGUGUCUCAGCCCACUCAGAAAAUGAUCUUUUCAACUCUCAUAAAUAGUGAUCUCUGAUCUUUAAGCUGUGCCCGUUUUUUCUGGACAGACCCACAAGAGGAAACAGGUUCUCCACAUCCACUAUAUCAAGACCAUUCAGGAUCUUGUUCGCUUCAAUCAAGUCACCAUUCACUCAUAAAUUCCAGUUGAAACAAUUUGUUUUAAAAUUUGGCCAUGGGACAUGGGUAUUGCUGAUUGGCCAACAUUUAUUGUUUUGGAGUGAUUUUGAAGAACUUAGUGGAUUAAUAUUAAUUGCUCAUUAAACUCUCCCAAAGUUCAUUACAAUAAUGCAUUGCCAAUCAACUUUUCGCCCCGACUGGCAAGAGUUUAAACAAUUUAAAUGGUUUGGUUUUAUUCCCUUUAAAAUGAAUAAUUUAAACAUAUUUUUGAGCUUUUCUUUAAUGCUGUCUUAAUUUGAUCUUCCUUUGCUUGUCUUUCAACUGAUUCAGGGGUGUUGUGGUAAUAUCAUUGAGCCAGUAAUCUUGAGACCCAUGCUCAUGCUGCGAAAUGGGUUUAAAAUCCACUCUGGCAGCUUAUGGACUUUAAAUUUAACUAAUAAAUCUGGAGCUGAAAUCUAGUCUUAGUGACAGUGACCAUGAAACUAUUGUUAAUUUCUUUAAAAGACCAGUAAGAGAAGGAAAACUGCCACGCUGACCUGGUCUCAUUUGAAUAUAAACCCACAGCAUUGUGUUUGAGAUAACAAGAUGUAGAGCUGGAUGAACACAGCAGGCCGUGCAGCAUCUUAGGAGCAGGAAAGCUGACGUUUCGGGCCUAGGUCUAAGACCGAAUCGUCAGCAAUGUGGAUGACUUGUUUUUUAAUCACUUGUGGCAUGUGGGUGUUGCUGGCUGCCCUUGAGAAGGUGGUGGUGAGCUGCUUUCUUGAACUGCAGUCAUGCUGUGGGUUGACCCACAAUGCUAUUGGAAGGGAAUUCCAGGAUUUUGUCCCAGUGACAGUGAAGGAACAGCGAUUAUAAUUCCAAGUCAGGAUGGUGAGUGACUUAGAGGGGAAUUUAGAGCUGGUCGAUUUCCUAUAAGUUUGCUGCCCUUGUCCUUCGAGAUAGAAAUGGUCAUGGGUUUGGAAGGUGCUGCCUAAGGAUCUUUGGUGAACAAUUGCCCUCUGAAAUGGCCACCCUGUUCAAGGACAAUAUCAAUCAGCAAUAAAUGUUGGCUUGCCAGUGAACUCCAUGUGCCAUCAAAUAAUAAAACCUGAUUUCAGCAUAGAUUUAAGGUGAUUGGUAAAAGAACCAGAGGCAAUCGGGGAUAAUCUUUUUAACAUAUUAGUGUUUCUGAUUCCACGAUGACAGUGCUGACUAGUAUCUGUUAGAUAUCAGAAGGAUAGGCUUUGGUGAGUUACUUGUUGCUAGAUUCCGAGCCUCUCAUCUGUUCUUGUAGCUUCUGCAUUUACAUGACUGGUUCAGUUCAGUUUCAGGACAAUGUUAGCUGCUGUGUUUUGAUAUUGGAGGAUUGUGAUGAUAAUCCAUUGAUUUGUCAAAGGAUAAUGUUCACCAAAAUCUCAAUAAUUACAACGCAGAAGGCGGCCAUUCGCCUCUGCCAUCUUUGUUUGCUCUCCUAAUCCUGUCGUCAGGGCCCUGCACAUUCAUCCUACGCAGAUAAUAGACAAAUUCUCUUUGAAAUGUUUUAAUUGAAGGUGCCUCCACCACUCUCAGGCAACAUAUUCCAGAAUUUAACCAUGUGCCAUGUGAAGAAAUUUUUUCUCACAUUACAGUUUCUGCCAAUUACCUUAAACCUGUGACUUCUUGUUCUUGAUAUUUCCAACAAUGGAAAUAGUUUCUCCCUAUCUAGGGUCCUCAUGAUUUCGAAUAUGUCCAUCAAAUCUCCUGUCAACCCUCAUGUCUCCAACAGGAUGAAUCUGAACCUUUCCAAUCUGUUUUCAUAGCUGAGGUUCCUGAUCCCUGAAGUCAUUUUUGUUUGCAAGUCUUUUCUGCACUCUUUAGGUUUUGUUUCAAUGGCGAUGGUCAUUAUGUGGUAUUUGAGUAAAUGUUACUGGCUGCUUAUCAGUAACUGUACUUAAUAAGUAUGUUAUUGGAUGUACAAUGCAUUGGAAUGCCUGAAGGUGCGAUAGGUAAUUCUGUUUCUUUCUGUGGUAUUGACCCCCAGAAUGUCUCUGUGUUGUCUUUUUAAGUUGUAAAAAAAUUCUUGGGGUAUUAUCUUUACCACAAGGCUGAAAUAAUUAUUUCCAUAGUUAUCCCUGGGUAUUUAGUACCUAUUGUUGCAGUCCAGAUGAUGGUGCUUGCAGAGUGUUCUUAGGUCAGGAUUCCCAGGUUCUCAACCCAGUGAUAGGUAAAUCAUGAUAUAUGCUUAAGUCAGCAGAUUUAUUAAUUGGAGAUGGUGGGUAUCCCAAACUCCUGCUCCAGCUUUGAGAGUUGCUGCAGUGCAUGUUAUGAUGUGACAGAAUUGAAGGUCUCUGUAUCUGAGUGGUGUAUUUUUAAGCUACUGUUUAUUGGUCUUGUCAUUAGUAUUUCCAUCAUAGUCAAGUCUCUGGAUCAUUGGUUGAAAAUUCAGCCAGGAUCUAGUGUCUCCUCUCCUUGCCGCCCAGUUUACAUGCACAGUUAUGAGAAGCCUGGAAACAAUCGAGAAUUAUCAUAUUGGGUGAAGUAUCAGGAGAGUUAAAAAAAUCACACGUUUCACAGAGAGGCAGUGGCUGCACUAAGAAAAGGGACUGAAUUGGCAGAAAUGGUAGCAAGCAAUCUAACAUUGCUUUGCCACAUUGAACAAAUACUGAGCUAUGUUGAUGCUGACUGCAUGCAGGGCUAAGUAAGAACAUUGUAUAUUGAGUGAACUCUUCCUUUCAAACAGAACUGAUGCCAUUUAUAAUACAUGGGGAAUAGACCCUUCACACCUAAUGGAGCAUCUUUGGUAGCCAAACUGUUGUAGACCUGCUGAAUUGACUCCGAAUUACUGGGAACACUUAAGCCAUGUUUACAUUUGUUUGUCUGGCUUCUGUCAUCCCCCACUGGUUCAGGGACUCUGGAAGAAUCAACUUCUUAUUCAUUCACUCUUGGUUAUGGGAACAAUAUAUCCAGCUACUGAAGUCUUGUCACAGACCCUGUUUACCGAGAAUGUGACACAGUUUGGGUUGUUCUAAAGUCACGAGCUGGAGAGCAUCCUUCACCUUGCCAUCUCUCAUCAGUUGAUGUUUUGUUUUAUUGCAUGUUAUGACGGUACAGACAUAAAGAUUUGUGUGUAUGUAAAUGUUAAACCACUUUAGUAUUUGCUGCUUCGGCUUGUAGAGUUGGAGGGCAAUGGAGAAUCUGAAAAGUGCAAUAAAACACC